AUGUUGAGGUGCGAAGAGAAAAGAGUUGCUGAUGUGGAAUUUUCCGACCAAAUAUUCUGCCACGAUGCCGUUAAAUGGAGUGAAGAUAAUAGAAUUUCGUUAUGCACGGAGAGAGGCAUUAUAAUAAUGGAAAUGAAACAUUCACCUCUGCAGUUAGAUACGAAAUUCCAUUACAAUCUUUCACUGAUUCCAAUCCCAGAAAAAUCCAACAAUGUUACAAAACUCCCCUUUGAAGUUUUUUCAUCAUGGAAAAAACCAAAAAGUAUUUUUACAGAAGAUGAACAACAGGAAUUAUUCCUGAACCAUCCAUUGCAUCCUUACCAGAAGGGUCAAGUUAAGCAUGGUUAUGUGAGGGCCAAGUGGUCACCUGAAGGGGUAGAUACACUGGGGAGAUGUGCACUGGCAACAUUAACUGGUGAUCACAGACUGGCUAUAUAUGUUACAGGAAAUGAUAGAAAAAAGUGGAAAGAGGUAGUUGAUCUGCACACUAUUUUGUUUGAAAGAUAUGAAGACAAAAUAUCAAAGAAUAUGACCUUUAAUGAAUUUAAAGAAGUCAGCCACAACAUGUUUGCAGUAGAUGUUGCAUGGUCACCCAUGUGUAAUUUUGAUGAUGUGAAGUAUUACAUAUUAGCAGUUGCUAUGAAAAGUGGUGUUAUACACCUGGUAAAGAUUAUACCUCCUCUUCUUUCACAAGAUGAUGUCAUCAUUGUAAGUGAAACACUGCCACUAUCUUCCAUUCCGUCUAGUCUAUGUUGGUGUCCAGGAACCACAGAAGAAAAUGGAUGCCUUAUUAUUGGUUACCAAUCGGGUCAAGUGAUCAGUUUGUCCGUAGACAAGAGAAAGCUUACUACAGACUCCAAAACAGUGUUGCAUGAAGACGAAGACCUCAUCAGGGUGGACUGUAUUGCCUGGAAACUGUUAUCACAGAAAUAUGUACUCCUAAUAGUGUCCAAAGACAUCCAUGUAUUGUCUUUUCUGAUUAAUAUCAAGACAUCAGAAGUGGUAGAGAAGAAAUCUUACCUGGGUCAGCAUGAUUUUCCUGUCACAGGAUUAAUUUCCGUGGACAGUUUCUUUGUGAUGUCAUCACAAGAUGGAUAUUUACAGAUUAUUCAACCAUCUUUGAAUGAAGAUGCAAAAACUGGACUUGAAUUUUCUGCACUUACAACAGACUUUGUUGACAAAAGGAAAAUACUUGGUAUAGGUAGUUCUCCAAAUAGGAUGUUUGGUAUCUUAGCUACUUGGCCACUGAAAAAAUUUGAUCUGAAAUUCAUGAAAAGGCAGCCAAUGCAUGUAUUCACGUUGUCUAUAAAAUCAGAAGAGGAGCAGAGGAAAACCGCAGAACAACUGUUACUAGAUGAGACUGUCCCAAUGAACAGUAUCCCUGAUGUCCUGGAGUAUUUCAGACACAGCCUCUGGUCUGGAGUCAAUAUCAUCCCCUCCCUAACCAGCUUUGUGUCCAAGUCACACAAAUGGAUCACUAUGCCUGUCAAACUUCUACGUGUGUUAAGGUACUUUAUAAUGACAAUACAAUUGCACAUCCCAGAAACAACUGAUGAAGGAAUUCAUGAGGCGGCCCUGGCCAAAGGAACUGUAUCUCAGCUGUCUAAAGUCAUUCUGAUGAAGCAUGUAGAGAAGGUGUUUGAUGCAAUUCUGAGAUCACAACAGAGUCAGUUCACAGAAACAGAGAUGAAGAUAUUGAGUGCAUUGCUUAAAUGGCAGAAUGACCAAGGAGAAACAUUUCCCAAUGCAAAAUAUGACAAAAAUCAGGAAAAUACUGCAUCUACAUCAACAGCUCUGAAGGAAGAAGAACUGACCUGGAUUUGUCCUAAUGGCCAUACAUUUGGGAUGUGUUGUCUAACCUUUUUGCCUUGUUCAUUGACGUACAGGACUUGUAUAAAUUGCAACAGUUUGGCAUCAUCCUUUGAGAUGUUGAAAGAUAUUGCUUGGAUGCCAUCACAGGAGUGUUCGCUAUGUGGGGGAAAGCUGAUUUAAUGAGAAGAGGUGUUCUUUGUGUGGCGGAAAGCUGAUUUAGCAGGAAGAGGAGCAUAGUGUUGAAUGAACAACAGCUCAACUCAAAAAAAGAGCCAAAAUGGGGUCUGUUUAUAGUUGAUGAAGUAUCAGUCUAUAAAAGCGUUUACAAGUCAUUAAGGUUCUGCAUUUUGAAUGCUAGGAGCAAUGAAAGUUGUACUUUCUGAUUGAAACUUACUGAAGUUUCCUCGAGCAAACCAAUAGAUAUGCACAAAUCUUGAUUAUAUUCACUAGAUGUGAAUGUAGCAUUUUAAAUUACAAUACACGCUGGAGAUCGCAAGGCUUAACUGUAUAAAUAUGUAUUCACAUAGAUUUACAUAUUAUAAAGCAAGAUGUAAUUGUAGGUUAAAGUUAAGUGUCUUGUAUUUUGCAUUUACAUUUUAUUUUAAUGGCA